AAUUUUGGGAAGAAUUUGGGAAAAGAUUUGUCUUCAAGUGAUAAGAGAGACACACGAAGAGAGUUGUUUGAAGAGAAGACACGCAUAGAAGAGGAGUCUCUCGAGAGCUCGAAAGAGACGUUGGGUUUGAUUCUUGAAAGCGAAAGAAUUGGUGUUAAAACCGGACGAGAGUUAGUCCGACAGAGAGAGACAUUGAAUAGAGUGGAAGACAAGUUGGAGUCAAUUGAUGGCAGUUUACAUGAGACACAAAAACAUAUCAAAUCCAUGAAAAAAAAGGAGUAC